GGAUCUGCGCACGUUGCGUGCGAUACGCGUGUUGCGACCGCUCAAACUUGUCUCCGGCAUACCGAGUCUUCAGGUGGUGCUCAAGUCUAUCAUCAAGGCGAUGGCGCCGCUUCUGCAGAUCGGCUUGCUGGUACUCUUCGCCAUCGUGAUAUUCGCCAUCAUCGGCCUCGAGUUUUAUUCGGGAACCCUGCAUAAAACGUGUUACAGUAUAAAGGACAUCAGUAUAAUCAUAAAGGAGGGCGAUCAGCCGAGCCCGUGUAGUGCAGACAACAAAAAUGAUGCCCCGCCCGGGGCCCACGUGUGCGACGCGAACGUCUCGACGUGCAUGGAUCACUGGGAGGGACCAAACUCGGGCAUCACCAGCUUCGAUAACAUCGGAUUCGCCAUGCUCACUGUCUUCCAGUGUAUCACUAUGGAGGGCUGGACUGCCAUAUUGUACUGGACAAACGACGCUCUUGGCAGCACGUACAACUGGAUUUACUUUAUACCGUUGAUCGUCCUCGGAUCAUUCUUCAUGCUGAACUUAGUUCUUGGUGUCUUGAGCGGAGAGUUUGCGAAGGAGAGAGAGAAGGUGGAGAACCGGCAGACCUUCCUGAAGUUGCGAAGACAGCAGCAGCUUGAGCGCGAACUGAAUUGUUAUCUCAAUUGGAUCUGCAAAGCAGAGGAGGUGAUACUUGCCGAAGAGAGGACCACGGAAGAGGAGAAAAUGCACAUAUUAGAAGUAAGAAGAAGAGCGGCAGCAAAGAAAAAGAAGCUAAAGAAUCUUGGCAAGAGCAAAAGCACCGACACGGAAGAAGAGGAGGGCGAGGACGACCAGGACGAUGGGUUCUCGAGAACCUCCUACUUCAAGUCGAAGGUGAAGAAGCAGGGCACGUGCCUACAGUUUUGGCGGGCCGAGAAGAGGUUCAGGUUUUGGAUACGCAAUUCCGUCAAGUCGCAGCAGUUCUAUUGGUUCGUCAUCGUUCUUGUGUUCUUCAACACCGUCUGCGUGGCCGUCGAGCAUUACGAUCAGCCAAAGUGGCUCACCGAUUUCCUCUACUACGCAGAGUUUGUGUUCCUGGGCCUCUUCAUGAUGGAGAUGUUCAUAAAAGUCUACGCGCUCGGUCCUCGCACAUACUUCGAGUCGAGCUUCAAUCGCUUCGACUGCAUAGUCAUCUUGGGCUCGAUCUUCGAGGUGAUCUGGUCCGCGUGGAAGUCCGGCUCUUUCGGCCUCUCCGUCCUACGUGCCCUUAGACUCCUGAGAAUUUUUAAGGUCACCAAAUAUUGGAAGAGCCUGAGGAACCUCGUGAUAUCGCUGCUAAGCUCGAUGCGCAGCAUCAUUUCUCUCCUCUUCCUGCUCUUCCUUUUCAUCCUCAUAUUCGCGCUGCUUGGCAUGCAGCUAUUUGGCGGCCAAUUCAACUUUGAUGACGGCACGCCGCCCACUAACUUCAACACCUUUCCCAUCGCACUACUCACUGUCUUCCAAAUCCUAACUGGAGAAGACUGGAACGAAGUGAUGUACAGGGGUAUCGAGUCGCAGGGCAUGGCCCAUUCGCUCUACUUCAUCGUGUUGGUGCUCUUCGGCAACUACACUCUGCUGAACGUCUUCUUGGCUAUCGCCGUCGACAAUCUCGCGAACGCGCAAGAGCUGAGCGCCGCCGAGGAGGAGCAGAAGGAGGAGGACAAGGAGAAGCAGCUGCAGGAGCUCGAGAAGGAGAUCGAGUCGCUGCAGAGGCCCGGAGACGCACCGAGAGUGGAAAUCUGCCCUCCAAGUCCAACCCAGAAUUUCAGAGACGGAAGAAUUGCAACCCAGACGUCCGAAGAAAGGAGGCAGGAUGAAGACGACGACACGGGACCAAAACCAAUGCUGCCAUACUCCUCCAUGUUUAUACUGUCCCCUACGAAUCCCAUAAGAAGAGCCGCCCACUGGGUCGUGAACCUUCGGUACUUCGACUUUUUCAUAAUGGUGGUGAUAUCGUUGUCGAGUAUUGCGCUGGCCGCCGAGGAUCCCGUUUGGGAGCACGCGCCGAGAAACACGAUCCUCAAUUACUUCGAUUAUGCGUUCACCGGCGUCUUCACCGUCGAAAUGGUGCUGAAGAUCAUCGACCUCGGCAUCAUACUGCACCCGGGCUCGUAUCUGCGCGAGUUCUGGAACGUUAUGGACGCGGUCGUAGUGAUAUGCGCCAUGGUGUCGUUCGCCUUCGACAUGACCGGCAGCUCGGCCGGCCAGAAUCUCUCGACCAUCAAGUCGCUGCGAGUGCUGCGAGUGCUCAGGCCGCUUAAGACAAUAAAACGCGUGCCGAAGCUCAAGGCAGUGUUUGACUGCGUGGUGAACAGUCUCAAGAAUGUCAUUAACAUUCUCAUAGUGUAUAUAUUAUUCCAAUUCAUCUUCGCUGUGAUCGCGGUGCAGCUGUUCAACGGCAAGUUCUUCCACUGCACCGACGAGAGCAAGUAUACGAAAGCGGAUUGCAACGGUCAAUUCUUCGUUUUCGAGGAGGGUAAUAUGCUACCGGAGCUCAAGCAACGGAAAUGGGAUUCCCAGUCCUUUCAUUACGACAACGUGAUGGUGGCCAUGCUGACGCUGUUUGCCGUCCAGACCGGCGAAGGCUGGCCGCAGAUCCUGCAGAACUCGAUGGCGGCCACGUACGAGGACAAGGGCCCCAUUCAGAAUUUUCGUAUCGAAAUGUCCAUUUUCUACAUCGUCUACUUCAUCGUCUUUCCAUUCUUCUUCGUCAACAUCUUCGUGGCCUUGAUUAUCAUCACAUUCCAAGAGCAGGGAGAAGCUGAACUGCAGGACGGUGAAAUUGAUAAGAAUCAGAAAUCAUGUAUGGACUUUACAAUACAAGCUCGCCCGCUCGAAAGGUAUAUGCCAAAGGAGCGGAAUAGCGUAAAGUACAAAAUCUGGAGGAUAGUCGUGUCCACGCCAUUCGAAUAUUUUAUCAUGAUACUCAUCGUAUUAAACACGUUACUGCUUAUGAUGAAGUUCCAUCGGCAAAGCGAUUCGUACAAGAACACGCUGAAGUACAUGAACAUGUGCUUCACGGGGAUGUUCACUGUCGAGUGCAUACUGAAGAUCGCAGCAUUCGGCGUGAAGAACUUCUUCAAGGACGCCUGGAACACCUUCGAUUUCAUCACGGUGAUCGGCAGCAUCGUGGACGCUCUCGUGAUCGAGUUCGGGUGCAAUUUCCUCUGUCCCCUGCAGGAGAAUUUCAUCAACGUCGGCUUUCUAAGGCUCUUUCGCGCCGCCAGGCUGAUCAAACUACUCAGGCAGGGAUACACGAUACGAAUUUUACUUUGGACCUUCGUACAAUCCUUCAAAGCUCUGCCUUACGUUUGUCUCCUCAUAGCGAUGCUGUUCUUCAUCUACGCUAUCAUCGGUAUGCAGGUCUUUGGCAAUAUAGCGAACAAUCCGGAAACAGAGAUCAAUGAUCACAACAACUUUCAGUCCUUCUUCGCCGGUCUUAUGUUGCUUUUUCGGUGUGCCACGGGCGAGGCCUGGCCGAACAUCAUGCUGUCCUGCGUGAAGGGUCGUCCCUGCGACGUGAGGGCCGACAAGCAGGAGCCGGAGGGUUGUGGCUCCAACAUCGCCUACGCCUACUUCGUGUCGUUCAUCUUCUUCUGCUCAUUCCUCAUGCUGAAUCUCUUCGUCGCCGUCAUCAUGGACAACUUCGAUUAUCUCACACGGGACUCGUCGAUCCUGGGCGCGCAUCAUCUCGACGAGUUCGUGCGGAUCUGGGCCGAGUACGAUCCGAACGCCACCGGCAAGAUCCACUACACGGAAAUGUACGACAUGCUGAAGAACAUGGACCCGCCGUUGGGGUUUGGCAACAAGUGCCCGAAUCGGCUUGCGUACAAGAAGCUCAUCAGGAUGAAUAUGCCGGUGGACGGUGACGGCAAGGUGAACUUCACUACAACACUGUUCGCCCUCAUUCGCGAGAAUCUCAGCAUAAAAAUGCGAAGCGCCGACGAAAUGAAUCAAGCCAAUGACGAACUGCGGGACACGAUCAGGAGUAUCUGGCCUUUACAAGCGAAAAAGCUGUUAGAUCUUUUGAUACCUAGGAACGAAGAGUUGGGCAGAGAUAAGCUCACCGUGGGUAAGAUAUACGUCUGCCUUCUGAUACUCGAAAGUUGGAGGUCGACGAAGUUUGGUCAGCUAAAGUCUGCCGAACAGAACGAUAACGAUCUUAUCGAUAACGAUAAUGCUGGGCAAAGUCCUGCAGCCCAGGCGCCGUCGGCCUUCUACAACUGCCUGCUGGACAUGGCGGCGGUAAAUCACACCGGAAAUAAUCACGGAGUCGGAAGUAGGGCGAACAGCCUGGAACCGGUGAUGCGACCGGCCGUGGACACGAAGCACGAACGACAGAAAGAGCACAGGGAUGAGGACGAUGGAGCCCUAGGCGUUCUCGCAGCCGCCGAGCACAGACGUCAGCGUAGCAUCAGAAACAAAAAGGUGAACUGGAAGAUGUCUCGCCAGUACGAUAUACUAGGCAGCAGCGGAGAGAGUAGCCAGGGAGGGGGUGGGUCUGGGGUUGUACUCGUAGUUAAUGACGAGGAUCGCGCCCCCGAGCUAGAGCCAUUGCUGGCCGAGGUGCCCUCCCAGCGGGAUGAUCAAAACAACUACUACCACGACCAUCACCAUCACGACCAAUACUACUACGAUACCGACAAUGAUCAAUACUAUGACCACCACCAAUACUACCACCACCACCAUCAUCAUGACCACCGACCACCCUCGUACUACCAACACCAGAACACCUACGCACCUCGCUCCUCGAUCCGUUACCAGAAGGACCUGCAAGACGUCAUACCGUCCGACUCGCGUGCCGGUAGCCUCGAGAGUCUCACGCAUCCUGGCGACAGAGGCCUUCGUCCGCAUCAUCCCUCGGCGCCUCCCACUAGACGUUCGCGAUCACCAAGUAUAAGAAGACACUCGCCAAUAAUGCCUAGAUCGCCAUCGCCAAGGCGACACGGCCGGUACGACCAUCAAGAUCAAUAUCAUGACGGACCAGGGUUUAGCGAUACCGUUAGCAACGUCGUCGAGAUACAAAGGCACACUCAUCACCCCCACUCAUCACAAUAUAAUCAUCGGCAUAGGAUACGAGACUAUUACGACCACUGCGACUAUUACGACGAUGGUCCGUGGAGCGCCUCGACGAGUCCGGCCAGGUCGCCAAGUCCGGUUCACAGGAUCGAGCGCGGUGGCCAUUACGGCACGACGAGUCUGGAGCAGCGUUCGAGGAGUCCCAGCCCCAUAGGCGGCAGUCGUCCGCAUCACCAUCACCAUCGCCAUCAUCCGCAUCAACACAGCUACCCGGUGCUGGUUGCGAGGAGAGGCCAAGGUCGCCGGCUGCCGCCGACGCCGAAUAAGCCGUCGACCUUACAGCUGAAACCGGCCAACAUCAAUUUCCCCAAGCUGAACGCCUCGCCUACCCACGGACCGCACGUGAUGGCGCCGAGCGGACCGGCCCACGUACCAGCGACACCCGUGCCCGGUCAUGUGCUGCAGCAUCCACACCCGCCAUCGCACAUUCCGCCCUCCAGCGUGCAGCCGAGCCAUCAUCCGUUGAGCUUCGAGCAGGCUGUCGCGAUGGGCCGCGGCGGUCGUCUGCUGCCCAGCCCGGUGCCCAACGGUUACAAACCGCAACCGCAGUCCAAGCAGAGAGCGCCUAGGUCGAGGCACUCGGACAGUGACGAGGACGAUUGGUGCUAGCCAAAGUGGGACCCUGGACGGUGGUCCGGUAACGUGGACGCCCCCAGGCGUCUCAGGGUUUGCGCGUGAUAGUCGUCCACGUGGGACGCGCGUUGAAUUUGAUGUAAAGUGCCGCGGUCGACGAGGCUUCUGGAGGCCCCCUCCAAAUAACGACUGGCCGAAGAACGGUUCCACGAAGGAGUUGUUCCAGCCACGACCACGUUGCGGCGACCGAAAAAGGUCUAAGGGAGUUGAACGAGAAAACGAUUCCAGGCGGACGAUGCUCGGAGCAAUCUCCGAUGGCUAAACACGGCGACCGAACAGGGUCAACGAACGUACCAGAGGGGCCGAUUUCUGUACGAACGCACACGGGAAAUCGGCGGAGCUAUCAUUCACAUGUCAACGUCGCACGAAUCCGCGAACGAGGAGGAGUGCGACGCGCGCGGUUCUACAAAUCGAAAUCCAAGUGCAAUCAAACGGCCGAGCUCGACGAAUUUCGAAGAUUCGCUCUUGGAGCCUGGAUACCAGGUCAGAGAAAUCGGGGAAAGAUCGCCUGGUGCGAUCGUACGAGGAUCCGAGAGGUCGUCCCAGAGACGAAUUCCGUUCGAUCGCCGCUCCGUCGCAAGACGCUCCACCGUUGAACGCGAACGACGCACGGCGAAACGAAGACGGAGCUCUCGAGAUCGCGACAGCUACGUCGAGAGACAAGGUGGUAGGUUGCAGUGAAACUCGUCGUGCACGACAGUGAUUGAAUAAUUGAGCGGACGUUCCGGGAGACUCGAACCCUCCGACAUUAUUCGCGAGUUAAUAUUUCAAUCUUCAACCCCGGCCCGAUCGAGCUCGGGGGAAGACUUACUUUUUAUACAAUUUUCCGGAGGAGAGACUCAUCGAACGCCCGAAUUGCGCUGUGAUCACCACGAAACGUUCUCUUACGUAUGUGUGUGUUUAUGUAUGUAUGUGUGGUCGUAUGAUUUUUGUGCGUGCGUGCGUAAGAAAACCCCCUUCCCCCACGAUUCGUCGGAAAUCGCGACUGAUGUACCAAAUCGUUCCACUUCCACUCGUGAAAGCGCCGAUUAAGUGAUGUUAAUUGUUCAACGACGACGUUAGUUGACGGACAAUCCAAGUAGUGGAGAGAAUGGCAGUUGGUUUCAGGAUAAGGUUUACAUCACUUUUGCAAGCUGAAGAUUUCGAAAUAAACAAAGGGAUCCGAAAUAGCGUUGCUUUAUUUCGAAAUCUGAAGAGGUUUCGCGUUUUCUUCGCUGUAAGUAUCGUCGGGACGAUUCGUCGGGAGAUUCAACCGCGCGAACAGGACGGACUGGUAAACGGGUGUUCCCCGGCGAAUCAAGCGGAGAAGCCAAUGAAGAAAGCGUUAAUAGGAUUACAAGUUGGAUCAAGGGUCGAGACGCGCGAAAGAGAAUUCUAAUAAUUCCGCCGGGAUUCAGAUUAGCCCCCCAUUUUGCCAUUAACCAAAUCGCGCGAAAGCGACGCCCCUAAUCAAAUGCGAAUAAUCAGAAAUCGCUUCGCCGAAAGAGAGACGCGCAAGGACCGCCGCUACGAAGUGCCGAUAUUGUAUUCGCAGUCGCGGUUCUUGUCAAAUCGAAACGCGAGACGAUCGUAGUCGUCGUAAGGGUAACGGGGAGGGGUGGGAAAACCAAGGGAGCGGACGAGAGAGAGGUGAGCGAACGCGAACGUCGUCGUUAAUUCGCGCGGUUGUUGCCUCGCGAUUCGUGCCAAUCAAGAGUCAUUAGGAGAAACGUUGCGGAAAUGAGGACCACGAUCGAGGAACGCGCACUUGAGACAACGGGAUGAGGAGGAUGAACAAUUGUCGCACGGGGGGGAAGACGCGUAAAAGGGAAAGAGAGUAAAAGGGUGAGCCGACGCGGAGAGGUAAACAGUUCUUACCAUACGGUUUUCAAAAGCACUCUUGUAAAUUACUGCGUAUAAUUGAAUUACAAAUAUUUAUUACUUAUCACUGCUAAUAUCGUUAUUAAAUUAACACCCGCAGAAAGAGAUGAAAGAAACAGCUACUUCACUCUACUAUUACACUAUUAACUACUAACUACCGCUACUACCAUUACUACUAUAUUACGAUU